AGACUUUUCUAGCUUUUCUGUUUCCCGAGUCUCGAGUCUCUCUCUCUUUUCCCUCCCCUCCCCCCAUCACUACCGUUGUCCACUGUUCAUCUCCAGGACCCCCCGGACCCCCAGUACAUGAUAAUACAGUACCACACUACCACCACACCGCACAUACCUUUUUAGCUGCUAGGCGACCGACAGUUAGCGGGUGAUUCAGCACGCCUGAACAGGACAGACAGUCAGACACAUUUUAAUCCCUCGGCUACUUAAGACAAGCAACAGGAUCCCGCAUCCUUCUGAGACCACGCACUGCUAGCAUCUGCUAGGAUAGCGCCACAAAUCUCACCAGGAAUUCCUCUCGGCACACACACACACAUAUACACACAACACCCACGCACCCACGCACCAACACACCAACGCGCGGGCAGGCGACAGGCGACAGGCCACAGCACACACUGGUGUACCUACCUCUUAGGUACCUCGAACCACCCACACACCUUCCUCUAUAGCAUAGCAUACCUAGCAUACAGCAUACAUACCUACCUAGUAGGUACCUACCACUACGCAGCACGGGCAACAGAACCAGUCCCCUGCAAUCAGUCAAUCAGCCAGGGCCCAGUCCACUCACACACACACACACACAAUUCAGUCAAUCAGGGCAAUCAGCACACUGCUGCCGCUCUCCCCUCUCCCCCCCCCCCAAUCCACCUAUAAUAGAGGCCCGCCCCCAAGGUCCGCACCUACGCGCCCCCUCUACUGCACUUAAUGGCUCGCCCCAAGAAGACAGACGGCCUCAAACAGCCCGCUCCAGUUGCUCCCGCGCCCGCCAUGGUUCCAAUGCCAGCUAUGCCGAUGCAGCAGCAGCAGCAGCAUCAACAGCUUCAGCACCAGAUGACGCCCCAGCACCAGAUGCCCCAGGCCAUCGCCCAGCAGCCUCCCAUGCCGCCCAUGCAGGGCACCAUGCCGCCUCAACAGCGAACCAUCGGCUUUGACGAGUUCAUCAGAGUACGCGACAGCGUACACCAACGCUUUAACACAAUCACUGCUCUUAUGAAGAAUUUCGCGGAUGAUUUUGUUCGACAGACUAAUCUCUUGAUUGGGGAGCCUGCGCCGUUUGACAAUGGAGCUGGUGCAUCCAUGCAGUCUCUGAUUACAUCACUCGAUGGUAUCGGCGGUCAGCUUGGAGACCUUCUUCCACAUGGCGAGGAGAAGAAGGAGCGUAAGAAGCGCACUCACGAUCCUAAUGCCCCCAAGCGACCAUUAACCCCCUAUUUUCUAUAUAUGCAAACGGCACGACCAAUUAUUGCCAAUGAUCUAGGUGCUGAUGCUCCUAAGGGCGCUGUGCAGGAGGAAGGCCAGCGCCGAUGGGCUUCCAUGUCACCAGGAGAGAAAGUUGCUUGGAACAACGCGUACCAGUUUAACCUCCGCCUCUACAAUGCACGAGUUCAUUCGUACAAGGCGGGAAACCCCGACGCGAGGAACAUGACGGAUGGCGACGCUCUUAACUACGCUGAUGCCAACGGCAUUCCUCAGGCCGAUGUCGUCACUGACGACUCGAUGGCCCACGACGACCAAAACGCUAUAGCGGAGCAGCUUCAGAUGGCCGCUCCCGCCAUGGGUCAAGACGACGGCACCAAGACGCCCAAGGGCAAGCAGACGCGAAAGCGAAAGAGCGCAGCUGGCGAUCUUGACGAUGGUGAGAGCAGUGCUGCUAAGAACGCGACGCCCGCCAGCCCAGACAAGAAGCGCAAGCGCCAAUCAAAGGUACCAGAGAUCGAGGAACCCAAGAAGUCCGCUCGUAAGAAGAAGAAUUAACGAGAUACAUAUCUUAUCUAAUCCUAUCUUCUUCGGCUUUUUGUUUGCUUGGCCUUUUCUAACCACUUAUCUCCUUCAGCUUUGAGAUACCUCGUCAUGGUUCCAGAUCGCUUCUGGGCUUUGUUUAUAGAGAAGCGGGGUCUUCGACGACGGCGGCAUAUGUUCAUAUGUUGGAGAAGCCUCGAGGAAGGCAUCGGCGCCCUUCCUUUCUCUACCCUCUUCCAGUUUCAUUUGGCUUUACGGCGAUUGUAUGAGUUAUGAAAAACUUUGACUGAACGGUCAGCUCGGCUGAUCAGGUAGAAGGGAAACAAGGAUCCUUGGAACAUCUCCAAGGUGGUGUGUGGGUUGUGUGGCGUUCAGGUCUGGAUGGUUACGUAUGGGAUUGCGCUGUGUACUUAAGUAAUUGCGUUGAAAACAUAAAUUCAGCGCUUGUUUGUAUGAAAAUCUAGCCUGUUGCUCCCAA